AUGGAGUGGGUGCGCUACAAAAGAAGAGAGCGCCGCGUAAUUCUUCGAACAUUAUCCGAUUUUCUGUCGGAGAUUGUGAGAGAUGCCAGCGAGGCCACGUUGUACUGCGGAGGAUAUUCGCAACUUGAAAGUCAUCCAAGAAGCGGGAAAGGUAAACCGAAAGAGCGCGAAGAAUUCCUGAAUGCCCAUUGCGCUUCGGAAAGUGAUGCUCGGCGUGAGGUAGAAGGAAAGAAGCCGUGCAAAAUCUGCUCUCGGUCAGAUUACCGCAUCCGUAACUGCCCCGAUUUUCGUAAAUUGAAUCUGGCGAUGCGCUGGGAGGCUGUACGAAAAUGGAGUCUGUGUAAAACCUGUUUAAAUGACCAUGGGGAUUCCCCUUGCAAACUCAGUUUUCGCUGCAAUGUCGGCAGCUGCAGUGAAUCACACAAUCCGCUUCUACACCCGGAAAAAUUUUACGCUAAUUGCAAUGUGCAUCGAUUCCAGCAGCAAUCGGUGAUCUUUCGAAUGAUUCCAGUAACACUGUACAAUGGACUGUAUGCGCUGAAGGCGAAAGGAGUUGUGCAAUCGCUUCGUGUAACGUGGACUGCAGGUGUUUCACGGUUGGAAAAAGACUCACAGAGGCUGGACUUGUCGAUUUCAGCUCGAGAUUCUACACAGCGCUUCCAAAUUAAGAAUGCACACACGGUAGAAGAGCUGAAACUGCCGAAGCAGACGCUGGGAUUUGAAGAAAUUGCUAAUCGGUUCAAGCAUCUCCACGACAUACCAAUAAUGGACUAUAAACAAGGUGUUCCACGGAUAUUAAUCGGGCUAAAGGACCUUCACUUGUACGCUCCACUCGAGACUAGGGUGGGACGCCCCGAUGAGCCCAUAGCGGUCAAGUCAAAGUUGGGUUGGACGGUAUACGGUCCGGUACGGAGUGACGAUCCAAAAGAAGAUUUUGUUGGUCAUCAUUCUUGUAGUAGCGCAUCGAAUCAAGAAUUACAUGACAUCCUAAAAAAGUAUUACGCCUUGGAAGAGGCAGGCGUUUCAGUAGCCUUAAUUACGGAAUCGGCCGCGGAGCGAAGAGCAAGAGAAAUUUUGGACAGUACUACAGUAAGGAUUGGCAACCGCUUUGAGACGGGCUUGCUGUGGAAGUUGGACCAGCCCACCUUUCCAGACAGUUAUUCUAUGGCAUUAAGGCGAAUGAAAGGCCUUGAAAAGCGUCUUCUGAGAGAUGAAGGUCUGUUCAACAAUGUACGAAGCACGAUUGCUGAAUAUUUAACGAAAGGAUACGCACACAAAGCAACGUUCCAAGAAUUGCAAGAACACAAAGCUCCCAACGUGUGGUAUCUGCCAUUGAACAUCGUGAUCAACCCCAGGAAGCCGGAUAAACUACGUUUGGUGUGGGACGCGGCAGCAGCGGUGGGUGGUGUCUCGUUAAAUUCCCAAUUACUUACGGGGCCAGACAUGCUGACAUCUCUUCCCUCUGUUAUAUGUCGUUUCCGUGAACGUGAAGUCGGGUUCGGAGGUGAUAUAAAAGAGAUGUACCACCAAAUACGUAUCAGAAAGGAGGAUCAGCAGGUUCAGCGGUUCUUGUUUCGAAACGACCCUUGCUCGCAUCCAGAGGUAUAUGUAAUGGACGUUGCUACAUUCAGCUCAACCUGUUCCCCGUGUUCCGCUCAAUUUAUAAAAAAUAAGAACGCAGGCGAAUUCUCCACACAGUAUCCGGAGGCAUCGAAGGCCAUUGUGGAUAACCACUAUGUCGACGAUUAUUUUGACAGUACCGACACGGUGGGCGAAGCAAUAAGACGGGCGAAAGAGGUACGUUAUAUUCAUUCUCGUGGCGGUUUCGAAAUCAAAAACUGGGUAGCGAGUUCUAGUGAAGUCCUUCAGGCUCUGGGUGAAGCCAAACCAGAACAGCGAAUACACUUUAACGAAGACAAGCAUACGGGGACUGAAAGAGUGCUCGGAAUUGUGUGGAAUUCGGAAAGUGACGAGUUUUGUUUCACGACAAGGUUACGUAAUGAGCUGAUGCCCUUUAUAACGGGUGAGCAAUGGCCAACCAAAAGAGCAGUCCUGAGUUGUGUGAUGAGUUUUUUCGACCCGCUAGGGCUGAUGGCCCCAUUCACUAUCUAUGGAAAGAUGCUGAUACAGGAUCUCUGGCGAACGGGCUGUGAAUGGGAUGAAGAGAUAGAUGAGGAAUCAAUAGCUAAGUGGAAAAAUUGGAUAGGACGGUUGCCGGAGAUUGAACAAAUUAGGAUACCUCGCUAUCAUUUCGUGAAAGGGCAGGAGGCGGACUACAGUACUUUACAGCUGCACGUAUUCGUCGAUGCCAGCUCAAACGCAUAUGGGUGCGCAGCGUAUUUCCGGAUUUUAGUCGCUGGAAAACCGUAUUGUUCUCUCGUGAUGGCGAAGUCCAAGGUAGCUCCACUAAAGCAGCUGACGAUUCCACGACUGGAGUUGCAAGGGGGAUCCAGGCUGUUAAACACCAUUAUCGAAACACAUUCACUGCCGAUAAAGCAACGGUACCUCUGGACGGAUUCUAGAACUGUUCUUUCCUGGAUUCACUCCGACCAGCGAAAAUACAAGCAGUAUGUUACUUUUCGAAUUGGAGAGAUCCAUUCUCUUACUAAUCCGGACGAAUGGCGCUGGUUACCAACAAAGCACAAUGUAGUAGACGACGUGACUAAGUGGCAAGCGGGACGCCGAUUCGAAUCCGACUCACCAUGGUUCCAGGGGACAAGCUUUCUAAAUCAUUUCGAAGAGCUAUGGCCGCAGCAACCGCAAGUAGAUCCAAACUUGUUGGAGGAAAUUCGGGCAAUAAAUAUGUUUCACGAUGUCUCAGUUAUGGAAGCAGUUAUUGACCCCCUCAGAUUCUCUAAGUUAAGGUUCUGA